AUGAAGCUCGCCAUCUUGUCGCUCAUCGCAUCGGUGGCUGGCGUCCAUUCGGCAGCCAGCAAUGUCUCGCACUCCGAAAGUCUCACUGUAAAUACCUCGACUGGCGUCUUUACAGGACUGAUUGAUCCAGAAGCACCAAAUACUAGGCAAUGGCGUUCCAUUCCUUUCGCAGAACCUCCUGUCGGGUCGCGUCGCUGGCUACCUCCUGAGAAGCUUCCGCACUCGAACAAACAUCAAUAUGCGACGAAGCUCCCGCCCUCAUGCCCCCAGUUUGUGACGGCAGUAGAAUCUCUGUGGAACUUGUCUCUGACCAAGGGUAAUCUGAUAUACAAUGGCGGCCAGAACGAUUCGUCGGGUCUAGUAGGCGAAGCGACGUCCGAAGACUGUCUUUACCUGGCAGUCUGGACGCCUACGAGCCCGCCGCCUAAAGGAGGUUUCCCAGUCCUCUUUUUUAUGACAGGCGGCGGCUUCGUGAUGGGUGGCGUUGACUUUCCCUGGCAAAUUCCAACGUCAUGGGUCGAGCGAUCGCAAUCGGCAAUCAUCGUCACCAUCAACUACCGCGUCAGCAUCUUUGGCUUUCCUAAUGCGCGCGGCCUGGCCGAUGGCGAGCAAAACCUCGGUAUACUCGAUCAGAGAGCCGCUCUCGAAUGGGUUCAAGACAACAUCGCAGCUUUUGGCGGCGACCCAACUCGCAUCAUGCACUGGGGCCGGUCUGCGGGCUCCAUUAGCGCGGACAUCCACGCCUAUGCAUACCACGAUGAUCCGAUUGCUCAAUCCUACUACCUAGAGUCGGGAGUCGUAUCUUCUGGCGGUGCGGAGGAUCCAACACACUCCAACUUUAGCUUCGUAGCGCAGCACGUAGGCUGCGAGUCUCCCUGCGGCGCUAACUGUACAGACUAUAACGGCACGGCAGAACUUGACUGCAUGCGUCUAGUAUCUUUUGCACAGAUCACGAACUUCAUAGGAAAGUACGGAGACCUGGGCAAGAGACCCGCUCUAUCCUUCGGCCCUAUCCCUGAUGAUCAGAUCGUCUUCCGUAACUAUGAGGAGCGCGCCGCAGCGGGCAAACUUGCUCGUCGCCCGACCCUAAUUUCCUUCACAGCCAAUGAAUUCUCUUCGCUGGUCCCAUGGCCCAAAGAGAACGUGACAGAAGGCCCAUGGCAACCGCCAGUCACGGCUAUGGACAUUCAAUGGGUGUGCGCAGGCCACAACGCCACUGUCGCUCGCAACCAGCUGAGUACGUCCGAAGCCCCUGUUUUCCGGUUCCAAUACGCAGCCGAGUUUCCCAACUUGAAUGUGUACAGCUGGCUGGGAGCAUAUCAUAACAGCGAGACGCCUUUGGUAUUUGGGACGUACGGGAUGUUGGAUCACGUAGCGCCGACGACGGAAUUCCAGGUCGAGGUUAGCAGGGCGCUGCAGGAUCAUAUCAUGGCUUUUGCGGAGGAUCCGUAUCACGGACCACAGAAAAUAUUUGGGUGGCAGCCACAGGUUGCUAGUGAAGCAAAUGGAGGGGAUAUACUUCGAUUUGGAGCAGGCGGGAAAGCGGUGCAGCGGAUCGAUGGGGUUGAGGUAGAUGGGGUGUGUAAUGGGCUUGGAGAAUACGAUCCGUUCCCGUAG